AAUAUUGAAAUUCGAAGGAAGCCGGCCAAUUAUCGUGCUUCAAUUUUGUCUCAUCCAUGUCGAUCAAGGAAACUUACCCCGACCAAUCAAUACAACCAAAAUGGCAUUGAAGCGGUCUCAGUACAAAGAAAAAUUUUAUAAGUCAUCCACCUUAUCAGUCCAACCUUUGACCAAAGAAAACAAAACCUUUAGUCUCUGCUUUACUAACUUCAGGUUGGCUAUAGUGCUUAGCUUAUACUGGAAUCAAUCUAGCUUGACUUUAAGAGCCAAAUAAUCAUUAACAAUUGAAAACAAUAGGUAGGAUAAAGCUAUGAGCAUGGUAUAAUAUUUCUGCAAUCAACUUCCAGACCAUUCGCUAAAUACAGAUCCUUUGCUCAUUCCCAAUUCUGAUACACAUUGCAGAUCAACUCCUGAGCCGAUCAUAAUCAUGUUAUCCACAACCCUAAGUAACAGGCCCAUGAGCUCUGUCUUGGUUGGAUUACUAUGCCUGGUCACUACCUCUGCUAUUUGUUGUCUAUGUAGUGGGAUCAGUCCCAACACUAGGUGCAUAGCGAGUGAAAAAACUGCACUUCUUCAGUUCAAGCGGGGACUCCUAGACGAGGCGAAUGUUCUUGCCUCUUGGGAAAACCAGAAAGACUGUUGCGAGUGGAGAGGAAUAGCAUGCAACAACCAAACAGGUAUUUUUGAUUCAGUACCUAAUGAGUUUUGGGAUCUAUCUUCCAGCUUAUUUGAAUUAAAUCUCUCCAUGAACCAAAUCCAUGGGAAGUUACCUGAUCUAUCAUCAAAAAAUUGCUCCUACUUUACAUUUGACUUGUCAUCUAAUCACUUGUUUGGUCAACUCCCCCCAUUCCCUCCAAAUGUCGCCAUCCUGCAUCUCUCCAAAAACAUGUUUUCAGGACCCUUAUCUUCCUUUUGUCCAACAGAAGCUCAGAAGUUGUCGAAUCUCGACAUUUCUGACAACUUACUAUCAGGGGAACUUCCUAGUUGUUGGAUCAAGUAUCAGGAAUUGCUGUCCUUGAAUUUGGGAAACAAUACUUUCUCUGGAAACAUACCAAGCACAGUAGGCUACCUAAAGAAUCUUGUAUUGUUACGCUUACAGGAUAACAAGCUCUCAGGAGAUUUUCCUUCUCUAGAGAACUGUACAGAGCUGAGGGUUGUUGACCUUGGAGCCAAUAGAUUAUCUGGAAGAAUACCAGCAUGGAUAGGCCAAACCAUGACCAAGUUGUUGGUUCUGCGCUUACAUUCUAAUGAGUUCUAUGGAAGCUUACCCUUAAGUCUUUGUGGUCUACCUGUUAUUCAUGUUCUGGACCUGUCUCAGAACAACAUAUCUGGAGCAUUGCCACAUUGCCUUAAUAACAUAACAGCUUACACUUCUAUGUCUUCUCAGUUGGAGGAUCUCACAAUUCUUGGGUUUGUGCAACUGGUCUGGAAAGGAAUAAAUAUUCAAUGGGGCGAAAAUCUCAAGCACUUGAGAAGCAUUGACAUUUCGAGUAAUUACUUAAGUGGGGAUAUUCCGGAAACUAUGACAAGUAUGAUGAGGUUGAUUUCUCUGAACCUGUCAAGAAAUAAUUUGACUGGAGUGCUUCCCAGUGAUUUUGGACAACUCAAGAGCUUAGAAUCUCUUGAUUUGUCACGAAACCAGCUAUCUGGUAACAUUCCUGCAAGCCUUUCGCGCUUAAACUUUCUUAGUGUCUUGAACCUUUCAUACAACAACUUGUCAGGAAGAAUUCCACUAGGUACUCAACUUCAGAGUUUUAAUGCCUCUGCAUACAUGGACAACCUUGGACUUUGCGGACCACCGCUAACUCCACUGUGUCCUGGAGAUGCAACAAAUCAAGAUUCUCCACCCACUAGUGGAGCUGAAGGGGAUAAAACAGAACAAGACGAAGAUGGCCUAAUAACGUUGGGGUUCUAUGUUAGCUCAGUGCUUGGAUUCAUCAUAGGAUUCUGGGGAUUCUGUGGCCCUUUGUUGCUUAAGGUUUCUUGGAGAAUUGCCUACUUCCAGUACUUGAAUGAUAUUAAAAUUUGGAACUGCCAUGUAUAAGGCGAGCUUACAGAGAAGAUUUCAAUAAUGAAUGAGACUGCUGGCGUAUGGGCUAAUUGUGGUGUGUUUGGUUGCUGAAGCUGUGGUGACUGGCUUUUCCUUUCUACCUCAAGUGUAAUGCCUAAACUUAUUUUUAUUGUUUCAAGUAGGAAAACAAAAUAUCAGGAACUGAGUAUAAUCCUCUAUUUGAAUACUCAGUUCCUGAAGGUGUGGUGACUGGCUUUACCUUUCUACCUCAAGUGUAAUGGUAAUGCCUAUACUUAUUUUUACUGUUUCAAGUAGGAAAACAAAAUAUCAGGA